ACAACUAGCUAAACUCAGUUGAGGAAAAUUUAGCAACAAUGGCAAAGGCCCUUGUUCUUUUUCAAGUUUCAGUUUUCUUACUUAGCUCAUUCACAAUUGUUAGCCAUGCUCAAGAUGAGUGGUACUCAUUAGACAAAAAUGUUGACCACCUUGCACCAGCUCAAGCCCCUAAGCCACACCACCACCACCACCACCACCCCCACCCCCACCCCCACCCCCUCCCCAUAAUUUCCCCAUCCCCUUCACCAAUUUACUAUCCAACAAAGCCACCAACUAAAGCUCCAACUAAGCCACCAACUAAAGCUCCAUGUAAGCCACCAACACCAUCACCUUAUUAUCCUUCUAGGAAACCUGUAGCUGUAAGAGGACUUGUUUACUGCAAACCUUGCAAGUUUAGAGGGAUUAAUACUCUUUACCAAGCUAAACCACUUCAGGGAGCCAAGGUGAAGCUAGUGUGCUACAACACCAAAAAGACAUUAGUAGAACAGGCUGAAACAGACGAGAAUGGAUUCUUCUGGAUCCUUCCUAAACUCUUAAGCUCAGGAGCCUACCACAAAUGCAAAGUGUUUUUAGUAUCAUCAAACAAUUCUUACUGUAAUGUCCCAACAAAUUACAAUGACGGCAAAUCUGGUGCACUAUUGAAGUACACCCCACCAGCUCCAGCUACUCAUCUCCCUAUUAAACCACCCACCCCUAAAUAUGAUUUCUUUACUGUUGGACCUUUUGGAUUUGAACCCUCAAAGAAAGUGCCUUGCAAGAAGUACUGAUUAACUUGGAAAAUUAGAAAUUAAGAUAGGAAGGGAUGA